AUGGCUAUGGUCCUGGCCAACGCCGAGACCGGAACCCCAAGCCUGAAAAUCAGGCGUGUCCCCCUAUAUAUGGAUAAUCCCAGAGAGCGGCUGGGUGUGGCAUUUGUCAACAUCUCACAGAAGGGCAGAAUUACUGUCUCGCCGGGCCUAGCAGCUCUCCUAAACAACAGCACAAACAAAGCCACGGUUAAAAGAACCAUCUACAAAACCGUCCCAAAACGGGACUUGGAGGGAAUAAGGUUCGGACAGCUGCAAGUAAAAAACAAAACAGUGCUGCUGUUCCAGCGGACAAAUAUGUCCCCUUAUACCCAAGCAAACAAAUUCCUGCAGUUAAUGGGAAACACCAAAACAAACAAGCCAUGCGUCAUUAGCAUCGACGCAUUAGCCGUUGAAUACGACAGAGGGGAGGUAGCGGAUCUUACAGGUUGUCUACUUACCUCAGGACAACAUGAGGUAAUAAUCUACGAGAAUAGGGGAGAAGACUUAAGCUUCCUCUUACCACCUCGCAACACCCUAGGCAAAGCAAUCACCCCUCAAGUCGAUACAGAGCCUGCUUCAAAAUGUGGAUCCCAAAAAUUGCAGGAAGCCGUGGACAAAACAAAACAAAAAGGGAAGGAAAAACCAAAACACCAACAAAAUCCACAGGGAGCGAUAGGGAGCCUCUGCAGGAAAAUAGCGUCCGUAACUCAUUCAGUACCGGACAGAAUGAGAAACCUACUACAGGACGACACUCAAGCGGAGGCUCUAAAACGCUUCCUAAACAACCAAAAGGAAGAAACACAGGCAAACAAAAACAGGACCAGGGCGGACAUGGGGCAGGUGACCGCGCCUGAACUAACAUCUAGUGGAGACCCUCGGGAAAAAUGGAUAAAUGCUUUCGAGGAGUUCCUGGGAGUCUUGCGUCCGAUUGCUGUCUGCCCCUCUGGCAUGUCGCAUUCAGACCCAGAAGUCUCUGUCUCGAGUUCAACAGGUCCCGCUGCUGUUUGCCCCUCUGGCAUGUCGCAGCAGGACCCAGAAAACGUGACUAAGACCACUCCCUCAUGGGGAAGAUUCGGUCUUGGUCUCAACAGGUUCAGUCACCAUCCAGCCCGUCUGGCAAGGCGACCAAACCCGGAAUCCGCAACCGAAUCCAUUCCCGACCUCUGCUUGAAAUAG